AUGACCACUCGGUAUCGCGUUGAAUAUGCUCUCAAGUCGCAUCGUCGAGACCAGCUGAUUGAAUGGAUCAAAGGUCUUCUGGCGGUCCCCUUUGUGCUGCACUCGCAGCCCACCGCUGUCUACCAGGAACACAGCGAGAAUCUGGUGGCCGUGGCGGCCGACACCCAUCAACGCUACGCGGAGAUCUUCCGGGAUGUCGAGAAGCUCAUCGACGACCACAUCGACCAUGAACGCGACGCCGCGCCCGGCAAGUCCAAACUGAAACUGCUCGUCCCGACCGCGGGCUCCUUCUUCAGCCGGCUCCCGCUCGAAGACGCCUUCAAAUACCAAGACGCCAAACGCAUGAUCAGCCGCCGCCGCUUCGUCGCCCCUUCCUUCAACGACAUCCGCCUCAUUCUCAACACCGCCCAGCUCCUCGGCCUCGUCCGCGGGCCCGGCCUCGACCUCGUCACCUUCGACGGAGACGUCACCCUCUACGACGACGGCGCCUGCCUCACCCCGGACAACCCCGCCAUCCCGCGCAUCAUCCGCCUCCUGCACCAGGGCGUGCGCAUCGGCAUCGUCACCGCCGCAGGCUACACCGAGGGCGCAAAGUACUACGAACGCCUCAAGGGCCUGCUCGACGCCGUCCACGACUCCCCCUCCCUCACCCCCGCCCAGAAAGACGGCCUGGUCGUCAUGGGCGGCGAGAGCAACUUCCUCUUCCGCUUCGACUCCGCUUCCCCGCACCGCCUCUCCUACGUGCGCCGCUCCGAGUGGCUCCUCGACGAAAUGAAGUCCUGGAAGCAGGAGGAUAUCACCCAGCUGCUUGAUAUCGCUGAGUCCUCGCUGCGCGCUUGCGCCGCAAACCUCAAUCUCCCUGUCGCUGUCCUCCGCAAGGACCGCGCCGUCGGCGUCUACCCCCAUGACCGGAGCAAGAUCCACCGCGAGCAGCUCGAGGAGACUGUCCUCGUCGUGCAGAAUACGGUUGAGCGGUCUGUCGUCGGCACCAGGCUGCCUUUUUGCGCGUUUAACGGCGGGAAUGACGUCUUCGUCGAUAUCGGCGACAAGUCCUGGGGUGUGCGCGCUUGUCAGCGGUAUUUCGGGGGGAUCGAACGGUCGCGCACCCUCCAUGUUGGCGAUCAGUUUCUCUCGGCUGGUGCGAAUGAUUUCAAGGCUCGUUUGGCGUCUACGACUGCCUGGAUUGCCAGUCCUUCGGAAACGGUACAGCUGCUCGAUGAACUGGAGGAGUUGCAGAAGACGGAUAAGAAUCAUUCUUGA